GGAAUGGACAGCUACCUCCAUUUCUGGAGGAGAGUAGUGCCAAUUGAAGAAGCCUUCAAGGCAAGUCGACAAGCGUGCUGAUAACUCUUGGAAGAGUACAGGGAAGGGGCGACCUUCCAGGCCAACAGCCAUGCCUUUCGGGCUGAAACUGCGACGGACCAGACGCUACAACGUCUUGAGCAAGAACUGCUUUGUGACAAGGAUCAGUCUACUGGACAACAAUGUGAUCGAGUGCACCCUCUCCGUGGAGAGCACAGGGCAGGAGUGCUUGGAAGCUGUCGCUCAGAGGUUGGAAUUACGUGAGACGCACUACUUCGGCCUUUGGUUUCUCAGCAAGAGCCAGCAAGCCCGCUGGGUUGAACUGGAAAAGCCUCUGAAGAAGCAGCUGGACAAAUUUGCCAAUGAGCCUUUGCUUUUCUUUGGGGUAAUGUUCUAUGUGCCCAGUGUUUCCCGACUGCAGCAGGAGGUAACAAGAUAUCAGUAUUACCUACAAGUAAAAAAGGAUGUUCUUGAUGGCCGAUUACUUUCUUCAUUGGAGCAGGGAAUUCGACUAGCUGGUUUGGCAGUGCAAGCGGAUUUUGGAGACUAUAGUCAGUUUGAAUCUCAUGACUUCCUUCGAGAAUAUGUCUUGUUUCCUAUGGAGUGGACCCAGGAUGAAGCUGUCUUGGAGGAGCUGACUCAAAAGGUUGCUCAGGAGCACCGAACUCACAGUGGCAUUACACCAGCAGAGGCUGAGCUAAUGUACAUCAAUGAAGUGGAACGCCUUGAUGGGUUUGGACAGGAAAUUUUCCCUGUGAAGGAUAAUCAUGGAAAUGACAUACACCUCGGUAUUUUCUUCAUGGGAAUCUUCAUAAAAAACAGAAUUGGAAAGACAACUGUGAUUUAUAGGUGGAAUGACAUUGGGAAUAUAGCACAUAACAAGUCUUCGAUUGUUCUAGAGUUGAUCAACAAAGAAGAGAAUGUGCUGUUUCACACAGAUGAUCUUGAAAAUGCCAAAUAUAUUUCACGGCUGUUUGCAGCAAGACACAAGUUUUACAAACAGAACAAAAUCUGCACAGAGCAAUCAAGUUCUCCUCCCCCUAUCCGGCGACGGCCCACUUGGAGUAGGUCAUCCUUGCCAAGACAACAUCCAUUUAUACUGCCUCCUAUGCAUGUCCAGUGUGGAGAACACUACACUGAAACACAUAAUUCACAAGAUAGCAUUUUCCAUGGAAAUGAAGAAACUUUCUACUGUAGGUCUCAGACCAGUUUGGAUAGGUGUCCAGUGGACUUCAGCUACUUGAAUGGUAAUGGACCCAAUGGGAGCGUAUGCAGUGCCCACAGCAUGAACUCCCUCAAUCGCUCACAGAACUUCAUCCAGGCAUCUCCAAUGUCCUCAAAUCUGAGCAUCCCUGGAAGUGACAUCAUGAGAGCAGACUAUAUCCCCAGCCACAGACACAGUGCAAUCAUAGUACCGUCUUACCGGCCAACUCCAGAUUAUGAAACUGUCAUGAGGCAAAUGAAGAGAGGGGUGAUCCAAAUGGAUAGCCAAAGUCAGUCUUUGAGAAAUCUCAAUAUUGGAAACACACAUGCUUAUAACCAGCCGGAAGACCUAGUUUACAGUCAGCCUGAGAUUCGAGAGAGACAUCCUUACACGAUUACAUACGGGCCCCAGGGUAGUGGCUAUAACAAGCCUGUUGCCCCCUCUGACCAAAUGAACCCUAAUAACGCUGCGCAAAAUAAGACAGCAGCCAGUGCCAUAUCCCACACUGUCAGCACACCAGAACUGGCUAACACGCAGCUGCAGAGCAGUCAGAGUUACAACACUGCUCACAUGUUAAAGAACUAUCUCUUCAGACCUCCACCUCCAUACCCACGCCCACGUCCUGCCACUAGCACGCCAGACCUGGCAAGCCACCGGCACAAGUAUGUCAGUGGGAGCAGUCCUGACUUGGUCACUCGCAAAGUCCAGCUCUCAGUAAAGACUUUCCAGGAGGACAGCUCGCCAGUCGUCCGUCAGUCGCUGCAGGAGGUCAGCGAGCCCCUCAUGGCAGUGAAGCAUCACGCAGCUGUGAACAAGCGCCAUAGUCUGGAGGUCAUCAGCAAUAUGGUACGUGGUAUAGAAGCCAUGGCAUUAAAAACUUUAAACGCCCCUCUGCCACGCAGGAAUACUUUGCGGGAGCAGGUGCAGCCGGAAGAGUCAGUUCAGAUGGGGCAUGAAGUUCAGCAAGUUCCUCAUUAUCAUCACGAAAAGACAUUCUCUGAUGCCACAAUGCUGAUACACAGCAGUGAAAGCGAAGAGGAAGAAGAAACCCCAGAAUCUGUGUCACGGAUAACAGCCCUCCAUGAGAACAUGGAGUACAGUGCUCAGCUGCAAGCUGCCUUGGCUAGAAUACCAAAUAAACCUCCUCCAGAGUAUCCUGGGCCUCGUAAAAGUGUCAGCAAUGGAGCUCUGAGGCAGGACCAUGUUAGCAUUUCUGUGGCUGUAGCCAGGGCCAAGGCCAUGAGGCCAGGGCCUUCCAAAGCCAUUAGCGUCUCUCGAACUGAUCAAAUGGCAAUAAAUGGGUCUUCGCUCGGGCCCUCUAUCUCAGAGCCUGACCUCACGAGUGUGAAGGAGCGCGUCAAGAAAGAACCUGUCAAGGAAAGGCCUGUGUCUGAGAUGUUUUCUAUUGAGGACAGCAUUAUAGAAAGAGAAAUCAUGAUGAGGAAUCUAGAAAAGCAGAAGAUGGCAGGCCUGGAGGCCCAGAAGAGGCCCUUGAUGUUGGCAGCACUGAACGGACUCUCAGUUGCUAGGGUUCCAGUGCCGGAGGACAGCCAGGAUGAAGUCACCAAGGUGCCAAUGGAUGAGAGGUGCAAAAUCUUGAAGAGGAAGUUGGAAGAGGGGAUGGUGUUUACAGAAUACGAGCAGAUUCCAAAGAAAAAGGCAGAUGGGAUCUUCACCACUGCUGCCUUGCCUGAAAACACUGAGCGCAACCGCAUCAGGGAGGUCGUUCCUUAUGAGGAGAACCGAGUAGAGCUGGUGCCGACCAAAGAAAAUAAUACAGGCUACAUCAAUGCUUCACACAUAAAGGUUACUGUAGGUGGAGAGGAGUGGCACUACAUUGCUACCCAAGGGCCUCUGCCACACACGUGCCAUGACUUCUGGCAGAUGGUGUGGGAACAGGGGGUGAAUGUUAUAGCCAUGGUCACAGCUGAAGAGGAGGGAGGAAGAAGUAAGAGUCAUCGUUAUUGGCCUAAACUGGGCUCUAAGCACAGCUCAGCCACUUAUGGGAAGUUCAAGGUGACAACUAAGUUCCGCACAGACUCUGGCUGCUAUGCGACUACUGGUCUGAAGGUCAAGCAUCUUCUCUCUGGACAAGAGAGGACAGUGUGGCAUUUGCAGUAUACUGACUGGCCAGACCAUGGGUGUCCAGAAGAAGUCCAAGGCUUUUUAUCUUACUUGGAGGAGAUACAGUCAGUGCGUCGCCAUACCAACAGCGUGUUGGACAGCAGCAACAACUGCAACCCUCCUAUUGUGGUGCACUGCAGCGCAGGGGUAGGAAGGACCGGAGUGGUUAUCCUGACAGAACUGAUGAUUGGGUGCUUGGAGCAUAACGAAAAAGUGGAUGUUCCUGUGAUGCUGAGACACCUGCGGGAGCAGAGAAUGUUUAUGAUCCAGACCAUAGCCCAGUACAAGUUUGUCUAUCAAGUGCUCAUCCAGUUCCUGCAAAACUCCAGACUUAUUUAAUCUUUUCAAACAUCCCAGACCCAGCUUUGUGGAUCUGACUGAACCUUACUGAUGAACAAGGGGAACUGCCUUGACAACACUGUGUGCAUAUAUUGCACUUUUUAAAGUUGUCUUAAAAGUAAGGAAUGAUUGUUCUUUACUAGAGUCUCCCGUGGAUUAUUUUAUACAAGAUAUAAUUUAUUUUUCUUGGAAUAACUUGUGAAUUACUUUAAUAACUUGUAAAACUUAUAGCGACCUUCAAAUUGAACCACAUUUGACAUGACUGGUCUGCAUUGUAAUAUGUCCAUGAGGAAAGCAAUCCUUUAUAAAGGUAGUUUACUGGCUUUUAUUCUGCUACACAGCUUCUGAAAUGAACAGUAAUUUGGCAGUGGGCUUUUUCUCACGUAAGAACAUUUUGGACCCAGAUAUGUGGCUUCCAUCAUAAAAACAAGACCUGCUAGAUGUCAGCUACAGCUCUGUACAAGUGGAAGCUGAGGGAACAUAGUCCUGGAGCAGGGAGACCUGAGCCUCUGCACGUGCAGCAGAGCACGUUACAGAGGGCUCAAACACAGGACGUUGUGAGGGCAGAGUGUUUUGGGUGCUAAACUGUUCAAAUUCCACAAGAAUUACGGUUUUAGAUUAGUCCUUGAAAAAAGCAAUACUGGAUCUUUCAAACGAGGCCUUUGCUACUGUCUGCAAUCCUUGAAGGGAUUCGUAAGAGUUGAAGGAGUGCAGGGUGAAGUGCAGUGACCCAGAGCAGGCUGAAGCCAGUGAAUGAGUCUUUCCAGUAACUGUGGUGGCCUGUGGGUUGAACAGCAGGGGAAUUUCAACUAAAUGCAGAUAAAAAAACCUCAAAUCAAGCACCUUCUCAUGAGUUACACUGAAAGUUUUAUUGCCUUGAGGCUCACCUCCUGUAGAAAAGGAAUCUCAUUUAAGUCAGGCAUCUCCAGUUGCCUUAGUUUCACGUGUGAACUAUUGUCUUCAGCACUGUAAUCGUGUUUACUUUCUAGUCAUUUGAACUUUGUCAAAAUGAUCAAUACAGUCUUUCCUCCAUAUCUGAGAUCUCCAAAUAGUGACCCUUGAGAGCUUUAGCUCAGAGUCUGCCUUGAUUCUUCCCCCAGCACUGUCUUGUGGUUUAUGAACAUACAGAGCAGUCUUCCUUUCGGUAUUGGCAAACCUCACUUUGUUAGGGUGGUUUUUGUAUUAAAUUGCACAGAUCAUCUCUCUUCUCUGUCUGGUCACUUUGGAUUCUCCCUCCUAUUUAUUAUUACUAUUUUAUCCUGGUAACUGGUUCAGGGAUUCCAGUUAGGAUUAGGAGGAUGUUGUAUAAAUACAUAAAGGAAAAACAGUCCUUGCCUGAAGUUUACAAGCAGAACAGAAAAGGGAAAGAAACCUCCUCCACCGCAUAACUAGGGCACAGAUUCUUUCUUAACUGGCUUGCCCUAGGCCAACAAUGCAAUCUAUGACAGAUCUAAGAAAAAAUCCACGUGUCCUGUAAGUAUCUCAGCAGUGAGACCUGUCCUUCUCGCUCUUCCUUAUCCUCUGUCCCUCAGCACUGGCUAGCUGUUUUGCACAACUUAGUGCGCAUCCCUUUCUCCAAACUGUUUAUUUCACUGGAGUAAAUCACGUUAUGAAUUACCUUGCAGUGUGUGCAUGGUAGCAUUUACUUACAGCUACUUAGAAGUGAUAAUAACUGCACUUUUAAAAAACUUAAAAAG